AUGCCAGCUGGACCGUUGGGAGAUGACGAUUGGGUUGACCUGCACUUGACGGAUUCCAUGGGCGGGCUACCCGUUCGAGUUCAAAAUUCCGAACUUCAAUGGGGGAAGUUCUAUGCUGAUGGGAACAAAAAUGAUGAGAUAAGUCCACAACAAGUUGACGAGACUGUGAUUCCACCAUUCAGCUCCGGGCCAGCAGAUAUCUGGACAUGUGGCAGAGAGGAUGCUCCCUCAGGAUCUCAAGGAAGUUUUGAUUUAAUUGAUCAAAACACAGGUGGUGGUAAAAUUUGUUCCAUUGACUGGAACGCCCCCUACGCCCCGGGUCCAGGCAACGAAAAUUCGGUCACGGCCAGAGACCUGAAUAGCCAGGACUACGCUGUUGAUAUUGUUGGGCAUUUUAAGAAAGAUAAUGGGACUUUGGGGACAGUUGAUGUUGACAUUAGUCAUGCUUCUUCUUGA